GUUUCUCAGGAGGGAAGAGUUGGGGAGGCUCUGGCAGUUUGGGAAACGUUUUAACUUUAAAGUCACCGGUUUGCAGGAAUACAUAAAGUGGAAUAGGAGAUUGGGACACGAGUGGAUGGGAAGCGAGCACCUUCUUUACUGUAGGGUUGCUGAAAUUCUACUGUAACCUUCUAUAGUAAAGACUCAAUAAAUCUGUUUGAAGAUGGCAUCAGAAGAAGAGUAUGAAGAUGAGAUUGUGGAGGAGGAGGAGUACUACGAGGAGGGUUCAACAAUCACCACCACGUCCACCUCAAUGUCUCAUGGUGUUGAGUCCACACCAGGUGGUCUUCCCAGACGGUCAGUCAGGAAGAAGGCGAAGGUGGACACCUCAAAGUUCAUGACUCCUUACCUGGCACACAGCCAGAAGAUGCUUGACCAGUACAGCCAUAAUAAAUACAGGGAGGAAUAUGAUAAAUCAAAGGGGCAGCCCUAUGCCAUUUCAGCUGACACACCUGAGAUGAUUCGCAUCAAGAAGGCCCAGGAGCAGCUGAGUGAGGUGAAAUACCGUAUGGAGGGACUGAAGGCCAAAACCACCAGCCUCUAUGAUGGUGAGGCUCGUGAGAUUGCCCACGUGAAGCAUGUCUCUGAGCUCAUCAGCAAAGUUCUGUACAGGCAGAAAUGGGACGAGACCAAGGAUAAGUACUUGCUCCCUCCUGACGCCCCUGAGCUGGUUCUUGCUGUGAAGAAUGCUGCAAAUUACAGCAAGAAAUUGUACACAGAGGCGUGGGAUGAGGAUAAGACCAUGUACUAUCCAUACAGUGACAGCCCAGAGCUGCGCAGGGUGGCCAAGGCCCAAAAAGACGUCAGUGAUAUUGUCUACAAGAAGGGCCAUGAUGAGCGCAAGGCAAAGUACACGUCUCUGGCUGAUUCCCCGGAGAUGGAACUGGCAAAGAAAAACUUUGCCAAUCGUAGUGAUCUUAAAUAUCAUGAGGAUUACAACAAGAACGUCAAGGGCAAAUGGUGUGAAACCCCUUACUUUGAUAUCGCUAUCGCUAGAAUGGUUAUGGACAACAUCAGUGACAAAAAAUAUACGGCUGAAUUUGAAGAUAUGAAAGACCAAAUUUAUUUCAUGCAAACAGACACACCAACGUAUGCUUCCAAUAAAAAGGCUCGCGAAGCUGCAAGUACGGUCAAAUAUAAGAAGGACUAUGAGAAGACAAAAGCAGUGUGCGAUUACAACGUUCUCCCUGCUACAGAGAACCCCCUUCUCAGACAGCUGAGAUACGCAGGCACCAUCUUGAGUGAUAAAGUAUAUAAAGCUAGUUAUGAGAAAUCAAGGGGAUUCAGCAUCAAUUACUGCGACACUCCCAAAUUCAAGAUGGAUAGUGUAUUGAAGAAGUUCAGUGAUUCACGUUAUAAAGAGAAGUAUGAAAAUCAGGUGAAGGGUCAUUAUAUUGGUAGCUAUGAAGAUAUAUUUACAGUUCACUGCCGGAAACUGGAAGAAAUGAAGAAUGAUCAAAUCUACAAAGCUGAUUAUGAGGACAUAAAGACAAGAUGUUUCUUUCCUCAAACUGUUACACCAGAAUACGAAGUCAAUAAGAAGCUUGAUCAAUGUAAAGAUAAAGUUUAUCGUCAACAUCCAGACAAGGUGAAGUUCACACAGGUGACAGACUCACCUGUUCAAUUGCAAGCUGCCAUCAACGCCCACCAGUUGAGUGAUCUCAACUACAAGCAAAAGUAUGAGAAGGAGAAGUUUAAGUGUAACCUCCCUCCUGAUUACCCUUUCUUCAUUCAAUCUAGAGUUAAUGCGUAUAACCUUAGUGAUACGUGUUACAAGUUUGAAUGGGACAAAACAAAAGCAAAGAAAUUUGAGGUGAAAGGAGAUGCAAUUUCAAUCCUUGCAGCCCGUGCUCACACUAACAUCGCUAGUGAUGUGAAAUACAAGAAGGAAUAUGAGAAGAACAGAGGACAGAUGGUCGGGGCCCUCAGCAUCAACGAUGACCCCAAGAUCAUGCACUCAGUACAUGUUGCUAAGAUCCAAAGUGAGCGUGAGUACAAGAAAGACUAUGAGAAGAUGAAGACCAAGUAUCAUGCUCCCCUGGACAUGAUGCUUGUGACUCUUGCUAAGAAAUCUCAGGCCAUUGCCAGCAUGACUGGCUAUAAGAAGAUCCCAAACCGUUACCUCCUCCCUUAUGACAGCGUAUCACUGGACCAGGCAAAGAAGGCCAAUGCUAUUCAGAGUGAUAAUGAAUACAAGUCAGACUACAAUAACUAUGUCAAAGGAAUGCCUUGGGUCCCUUACGGCUCCUUGGACGUUGAGAAGUGCAAAAAAUCUGGGCAGAUCUUAAGUGAGAAAAUGUACAGGCAGAAUCCAGACACUGUACCUUUUACUGCUAUAGAUGACCACCCUCUCCAGCUGCAGGCUAAAGCCAACCAGAUGAUAAGAAGUGAUCUGCACUAUAAGAAAGGUCUAGAUAAAGUCCUUCAGAAGUACUCCCUGCCUCAUGAUGUCCCACAGUUCAUUCAGGCCAAGUGUAAUGCCUACAACAUAAGCGAUAAAUGCUAUAAGGUUGAAUGGCUGAAGACUAUUGCAAAGGGGUAUGAUCUGAAGUCUGACGCCAUACCCGUAAAAGCUGCGAAGGCAGCCAGACAUGCUGCUAGUGAUGUUCAGUAUAAGAAGCAGUAUAUGAAGGACAGAGGCCACCAUGUUGGCUUCCGUAGCCUCCAGGACGACCCCUUGCUGGUGCAUUACAUGGAGGUGGCUAAGAUACAGAGUGAGAGGAACUACAAAAAGGAUUACCACAAAUCCAAGCUGAAGUACCACACCCCCGUGGACAUGUUAAGUGUGGUGCAGGCCAAACAUGCCUCUAAGGUUCAGACAUAUGCAGGAUACAAGCAGAAUUUACACAAUUACACCCUGCUUCCCGAUGCCAUGAACCUGGCGCUAGCUCGCUCCAUGAACAUCAGCUCUAGUGAUGUUGAGUACAAGAAUGAGUACAACUGCACAAUGAAGGGUGUGGGAUGGGUACCCAUUGGUUCAUUGGGAGUAGAGACUGCAAAGAUUGGAGGAAAGAUCUUGAGUGACCACAAGUACCGCACUCACCCCUCCAACUACAAGUUCCACAAACUUAUGGACUCUAUGGAUCUCGCAUUGGCUACCGCCAACAAUAAGAUCAUGGACAAGAAAUCCUACCAUGCUGCCUGGGAACAGGACAAGCUUAAGGUCCAUGUGAUGCCUGACAGUCCUGAAAUUGUCCUGGCCAAGGCCAAUUCAUUGAACAUGAGCCAGAAACUCUACAAAGCUGGCCUUGAGGAAAUGUAUAAAAAGGGCUAUGAUCUCAAACCAGAUGCUAUUUCGAUUGUGGCUGCCAAAGCCGGCAGAAAUAUUGUUAGCAAUUACAAGUAUAAACUGGCAUUUGAGAAGGCAAGAGGCCACCAUGUUGGCUUCCGUAGCCUCCAGGACGACCCCUUGCUGGUGCAUUACAUGGAGGUGGCUAAGAUACAGAGUGAGAGGAACUACAAAAAGGAUUACCACAAAUCCAAGCUGAAGUACCACACCCCCGUGGACAUGUUAAGUGUGGUGCAGGCCAAACAUGCCUCCAAGGUUCAGACAAAUGCAGGAUACAAGCAGCACCAUCACAACUAUAUCCUCCUUCCUGAUGCCAUGCACAUUGGACUGGCUCGCAACAUGAUGGAGAUCCAGAGUGAUAAUUUGUACAAAUCAGAUUUCAACAACAUCUUCAAAGGAGCAGGCUGGGUUCCUAUAGGUUCUAUAGAUGUUGAGAGGGCUAAGACUGCCAACAAAGCCCUUGAUGAGAAGUCAUACAGAAUUCACCCCAGCGCAUUGAAAUUUACCAGUCUAACAGACCAGAUGAACAUGGUUUUGGCCAUGAGCAACACAAAACUACAAAAUAAAACGGCCUAUAAAGCCUCUGGAGAGAAAUUCAUGCACACCUACAAUCUACCAGCUGAUGCCCCAGAGUUCCUCCAGGCCAAAUAUAAUGCCCAGACUAUGAGUGAGUCAAACUACAAGGCUCAGUGGCUUGCGGACAUUGCCAAAGGCUAUGACAUGAAAUCUGAUGCUAUUUCCAUUCUUGCUGCUAAACAAGGAAGGCACAUUGCCAGCAAUUAUCAAUACAAAAAAGCAUUUGAGAAGGCAAGAGGCCACCAUGUUGGCUUCCGUAGCCUCCAGGACGACCCCUUGCUGGUGCAUUACAUGGAGGUGGCUAAGAUACAGAGCGAGAGGAACUACAAAAAGGAUUACCACAAAUCCAAGCUGAAGUACCACACCCCCGUGGACAUGUUAAGUGUGGUGCAGGCCAAAAAUGCCUCUAAGGUUCAGACAUAUGCAGGAUACAAGCAGAAUUUACACAAUUACACCCUGCUUCCCGAUGCCAUGAACCUGGCGUUAGCUCGCUCCAUGAACAUCAGCUCCAGUGAUGUUGAGUACAAGAGUGAGUACAACUGCACAAUGAAGGGUGUGGGAUGGGUACCCAUUGGUUCAUUGGGAGUAGAGACUGCAAAGAUUGGGGGAAAGAUCUUGAGUGACCACAAGUACCGCACUCACCCCUCCAACUACAAGUUCCACAAACUUAUGGACUCUAUGGAUCUCGCAUUGGCUACCGCCAACAAUAAGAUCAUGGACAAGAAAUCCUACCAUGCUGCCUGGGAACAGGACAAGCUUAAGGUCCAUGUGAUGCCUGACAGUCCUGAAAUUGUCCUGGCCAAGGCCAAUUCAUUGAACAUGAGCCAGAAACUCUACAAAGCUGGCCUUGAGGAAAUGUAUAAAAAGGGCUAUGAUCUCAAACCAGAUGCUAUUUCGAUUGUGGCUGCCAAAGCCGGCAGAAAUAUUGUUAGCAAUUACAAGUAUAAACUGGCAUUUGAGAAGGCAAGAGGCCACCAUGUUGGCUUCCGUAGCCUCCAGGACGACCCCUUGCUGGUGCAUUACAUGGAGGUGGCUAAGAUACAGAGUGAGAGGAACUACAAAAAGGAUUACCACAAAUCCAAGCUGAAGUACCACACCCCCGUGGACAUGUUAAGUGUGGUGCAGGCCAAAAAUGCCUCUAAGGUUCAGACAUAUGCAGGAUACAAGCAGCAUUUACACAAUUACACCCUGCUUCCUGAUGCCAUGAACCUGGCGUUAGCUCGCUCCAUGAACAUCAGCUCCAGUGAUGUUGAGUACAAGAGUGAGUACAACUGCACAAUGAAGGGUGUGGGAUGGGUACCUAUUGGUUCAUUGGGAGUAGAGACUGCAAAGAUUGGAGGAAAGAUCCUGAGUGACCACAAGUACCGCACUCACCCCUCCAACUACAAGUUCCAAAAACUUAUGGACUCUAUGGAUCUCGCAUUGGCUACCGCCAACAAUAAAAUCAUGGACAAGCAAGCUUACACGGAUGCUUGGAACAAGGACAAGUUAAAGAUCCAUGUCAUGCCUGACAUUCCGGAAAUCAUUCUUGCAAAAGCUAAUGCUAUCAACAUGAGUGAGAAAGCCUACAAAGCAGGACUGGAAGCCCUGAAAAAGAAAGGUUAUGACCUCAAGGCAGAUGCUGUAUCAGUGAUUGCGGCUAGGACCUCCACAAACAUUGCCAGCGAUUACAAGUACAAAAAGGAGUACAAUAAAGCAAGAGGCCAUCAUAUUGGCUUCCGUAGCAUCCAGGACGACCCCUUGCUGGUGCACUACAUGCAGGUGGCUAAGAUUCAGAGUGAUAAACUAUACAAGAAGGAUUACCACAAGUCCAAGCUGAAGUACCACACCCCCGUGGACAUGUUGAGCGUUGUUCAUGCUAAGCAGGCUACGGCUGCUCAGACCUUUGCUGGAUACAGGCAUAUCGUUGCACAUAAUAAAGUUCUGCCUGAUGCCAUGAACCUGGUACUAGCCCGCAACAUGCAGGCGAUCGCAAGUGAUAACAUCUACAAAUCUGAGUAUAACAAUUACAUCAAAGGAGUUGGAUGGAUUCCCAUUGGAUCUCUGGAUGUGGAGAAAGCAAAACUUGCUGGCCGGAUAGGCAGCGAGAAACAGUACCGCACACCUGCCAGUAACCACAAGUUCACUAAAGAUAUGUCUUCUAUGGAUCUGGUCCUAGCUGCAACCAACAAUGACAUCAACAACAAGCAAAAGUAUAUUUCAGCCUGGGAACAGGACAAAACCAAAAUUCACAUUAUGCCAGAUUCGAUGGAAGUGACUCUUGCUCGUCAAAAUAAAGUUAAUUACAGUGAGAAACUUUACAGACUUGCCAAUGAACAAGCAAAGAAAAAAGGUUACGAUCUACGCGUUGAUGCUAUCGCAAUUCAAGCUGCUAAAGCAUCAUGUGCCAUUGCUAGUAAUUACAAGUACAAGACUGGUUAUCGUAAGCAAGUUGGUCAUCACAUUGGAGCCCUCAGCGUCCAGGAUGAUCCUUUGCUCGUGCUGGCUUUGAAUUCAGCUAGAAUUGCUAGUGAUGCUCUCUACAAGAAGGACUUCAACAAGUCCAAGACCAAGUUCAACCUCCCAGUGGACAUGAUAGCUUUUGAGUUGGCCAAGAAGAACCAGAUCCAAGUCAAUGAUGCCAACUACAGAACCUACCUGCACAACUGGACCUGCCUGCCUGACUCCAAUGACGUCGUCCAGGCCAGACAAUGUUAUGACAUCCAGAGUGAUGCGGUGUACAAAGCUGAUCUGAAGUGGCUCCAAGGACUCGGAUGGGUUCCCAUUGGUUCGAUUGAUGUUGAGAAGGUGAAAAAAGCUGGAGAAAUCCUAAAUGAACAGAAGUACCGUCAGCACCCAAGCAACUUCAAGUUCACUUGCACAACUGAAGAUAUGCCACUGGUCUUGGCUAAAGCCAAUAAUGACAUCAUGAACAAGUCAAAAUAUGUUGAAGCUUGGAACAGUGAUAAAACGAAGGUUCACAUCAUGCCAGAUGCAAUGGAUGUGGUUCUUGCCAAGCAAAACAAAGUCAUCUAUAGUGAGAAACAAUAUAAACUCGCCCAUGAACUGGCCAAGAAGAAGGGUUAUGAUAUGCGCAGUGAUGCCAUAUCUAUCAUCGCUGCCAGAGCCUCCAGAGACAUUGCUAGUGACUACAAGUACAAGACUGGUUACCGUAAGCAAGUUGGUCAUCACAUUGGAGCACGCAGCAUCCAGGAUGAUCCUCUGCUCAUGCUGGCCUUGAACUCAGCUAAGAUUGCUAGUGAUGCUCUCUACAAGAAGGACUUCAACAAGUCCAAGACCAAGUUCCACCUCCCAGCGGACCUGCUGUCUCUUGAGCUGGCCAAGAAAUGUCAGACCCAGGUCAAUGAUUUCAACUACAGAACCUACCUGCACAACUGGACCUGCCUGCCAGACUCCAAUGACGUCGUCCAGGCCAGACAAGUCUAUGACAUCCAGAGUGAUGCUGUUUACAAGGCUGAUCUAAAAUGGCUUCAAGGUCUCGGAUGGGUCCCCAUUGGUUCUCUUGAUGUUGAGAAAGCGAAAAAGGCUGGAGAAAUCCUGAGUGAAAAUAAGUAUCGUCAGCACCCAAGCAACUUCAAAUUCACCAUGACAACUCAAGACAUGCCGAUUGUCUUGGCUAAAGCCAACAAUGAUGUCAUGAACAAGCAACAAUAUGUUGACGCCUGGAACAAAGACAAGACAAAGGUCCAUGUUAUGCCAGAUGCUAUGGACAUUGUACUAGCAAAACAAAACAAGGCCAACUACAGUGUGAAUUCAUACAAGCUUGCAAACGAGGAAGCUAAAAAGAAGGGCUAUGACCUGCGAAGUGAUGCCAUCGCCAUCAAAGCAGCCAAGGCUUCCAGGGAUAUUGUCAGCGAUUACAAGUACAAGACUGGUUAUCGUAAGCAAGUUGGUCAUCACAUUGGAGCCCUCAGUGUCCAGGAUGAUCCUUUGCUUGUUCUGGCUUUGAACUCAGCGAAGAUUGCUAGUGAUGCUCUCUACAAGAAGGACUUCAACAAGUCCAAGACCAAGUUCCACCUCCCAGUGGACCUACUGUCUCUUGAGCUGGCCAAGAAAUGUCAGAUCCAGGUCAAUGAUUUCAACUACAGAACCCACUUGCACAACUGGACCUGCCUGCCCGACUCCAAUGAUGUCGUCCAGGCCAGGAAGGUCUAUGAUCUGCGCAGUGAUGCGGUGUACAAAGCUGAUCUUAAAUGGCUCCAAGGACUCGGAUGGGUUCCCAUUGGUUCGAUUGAUGUUGAGAAGGUGAAAAAGGCUGGAGAAAUCCUAAAUGAACAGAAGUACCGUCAGCACCCAAGCAACUUCAAGUUCACUUGCACAACUGAAGAUAUGCCUCUGGUCUUGGCCAAAAACAAUGCAGGCAUCAUGAACAAGAAAAGCUAUGUGGAAGCUUGGGAAAAGGAUAAGACCAAGAUCCACGUCAUGCCAGAUACAAUGGAGAUAUUGCUUGCCAAACAGAAUAAAAUUAACUACAGUGUGAAACAAUAUACGCUUGCAAAUGAGGAGGCCAAAAAGAAAGGCUAUGACAUGCGUGGUGAUGCCAUUUCUAUUAAAGCAGCUAAAGCCUCUCGGGAUAUCAUCAGUGAUUACAAGUACAAGACUGGUUAUCGUAAGCAAGUUGGUCAUCACAUUGGAGCCCUCAGCGUCCAGGAUGAUCCUUUGCUCGUGCUGGCUUUGAAUUCAGCUAGAAUUGCAAGUGAUGCUCUCUACAAGAAGGACUUCAACAAGUCCAAGACCAAGUUCAACCUCCCAGUGGACAUGAUAGCUUUUGAGUUGGCCAAGAAGAACCAGAUCCAAGUCAAUGAUGCCAACUACAGAACCUACCUGCACAACUGGACCUGCCUGCCUGACUCCAAUGACGUCGUCCAGGCCAGACAAUGUUAUGAGAUCCAGAGUGAUGCAGUGUACAAGGCUGAUCUGAAAUGGCUUCAAGGAUUAGGAUGGGUUCCCAUUGGUUCAGUUGAUGUUGAGAAAGUGAAAAAGGCUGGGGAAAUCCUGAAUGAAAGGAAGUACCGUCAGCACCCAAGCAACUUUAAGUUCACCGUUACUACUGAAGACAUGCCACUAGUUUUAGCUAAAAAUAAUGCUACUAAUGCAAACAAGAAACUUUACACUGAAGCCUGGGAAAAGGAUAAAACGAAAAUCCACAUUAUGCCUGACUGUAUGGAUGUUCUAUUGGCAAAGCAAAACAAUAUAAAUUACAGUGAGAAAAGGUAUAAACUUGCCAAUGAAGAAUCUAAGAAGAAGGGCUACGAUUUGCGCGGUGAUGCUAUUGCUAUCAAAGCAGCUAAGGCAUCCAGGAAUAUCGUCAGUGACUACAAGUACAAGACUGGUUACCGUAACCAAGUUGGUCAUCACAUUGGAGCCCGCUGUGUCCAGGAUGAUCCCUUGAUCAUGCUUGCCUUGAAUUCAGCUAGGAUUGCUAGUGAUGCUCUCUACAAGAAGGACUUCAACAAGUCCAAGACCAAGUUCCACCUCCCAGCGGAUCUGCUGUCUCUUGAGCUGGCCAAGAAAUGUCAGAUCCAGGUCAAUGAUUUCAACUACAGAACCUACCUGCACAACUGGACCUGCCUGCCAGACUCCAAUGAUGUCGUCCAGGCUAGAAAAGUCUAUGAUCUCCGUAGCGAUGCUGUGUACAAAGCAGACAUGGAGUUUAUGACUGGUGUAGGAUGGGUCCCCAUUGGCUCGCUUGAUGUCCUGAAAGCAAAGAAAGCAGCUGAGAUCCUCAACGAGCGACUUUAUAGACAGAAACCACAAACAUUCAAGUAUACACAAGACAUGCAGUCCAUGCCUUUGGUGCUUGCAAAGGCAAAUGCUCAAACUAUGGAUCAGCGUCAGUACCAUGCAGCAUGGGAGGCUGACAAGAUAAAGAUCCACAUCCCUCCUGAUAUCCCAGAGGUUGUGCUCUCAAAGGCUAAUGCAAUUACCAAUAGUAGGAAACUAUACAGACAAGCGGUUGAGGACAUUUUCAGGAAAGGCUAUGACAUCAAAACCGAUGCUGUCGCCAUCAAAGCUGCUAAAAAAUCCAGAGAAAUUAUUAGUGAUUACAAGUACAAGGCUGGUUACCGUAAGCAAGUUGGUCAUCACAUUGGAGCCCUCAGCGUCCAGGAUGAUCCCUUGAUCAUGCUGGCCUUGAACUCAGCUAAGAUUGCUAGUGAUGCUCUCUACAAGAAGGACUUCAACAAGUCCAAGACCAAGUACAACCUCCCAGCGGACCUGCUGUCUCUUGAGCUGGCCAAGAAAUGUCAGACCCAGGUCAAUGAUUUCAACUACAGAACCUACCUGCACAACUGGACCUGCCUGCCCGACUCCAAUGACGUCGUCCAGGCCAGGAAAGUCUAUGAUCUUCAGAGCGAUGCUGUGUAUAAGGCUGAUAUGGAUUGGAUCAGAGGUACAGGAUGGGUACCCAUUGGCUCAGUUGAUGUAGAGAAGGCUAAAAAGGCUGGUGAGAUUCUGAAUGAAAGGAAGUACCGACAGCAUCCAAGCACCUUAAAGUAUACUAGCAAGACAGAUUCCGUACCUUUUGCUCUUGCCCAAGCCAAUGCCAAGACCAUGGACAAGAGUGCAUAUGUUGAUGCCUGGAAUAAGGAUAAGAUCCAUAUCCAUGUCAUGCCAGACACCCCUGAGAUUGUGCUUGGAAAACAGAACAAACUCAACACAAGCAUCAAAUAUUACCGUCAAGACUAUGAGAACAGCCUUAAGAAGGGCUACUUCCUGCCUAAGGAUGCCGUCGCAGUGAAGUCUGCCAAGGCUUCCAGAGACAUCAUUAGUGAUUACAAGUACAAAACCGGAUACAGGAAGCAGCAAGGACACCACAUUGGCGCCCUCAGCAUCCACGAUGAUCCCUUAAUCAUGCUGGCCUUGAACUCAGGCAAGAUUUCUAGUGAUCUUCUGUACAAGAAAGAUUUCAACAAAUCCAAGACCAAGUACAACCUCCCAGCGGAUCUACUGUCUCUUGAGCUGGCUAAGAAAUGUCAGAUCCAGGUCAAUGAUUUCAACUACAGAACACACUUGCACAACUGGACCUGCCUGCCCGACUCCAAUGAUGUCGUCCAGGCCAGGAAGGUCUAUGAUCUGCGCAGUGAUGCUGUAUACAAAGCUGACCUUGAGUGGAUCCGUGGGUGUGGCUGGAUGACGCAAGGAUCUAUUGAUGUCAUCAAAGUCAAGAAUGCUCAGACGAUCCUCAACGAGAAUCUGUAUCGCCAGCCUCCCAGUACUGUCAAGUUCACCAGUGCUGUGGACUUGCCGGUCAUCGUCCUAGCCAAGCAAAAUGCUGACAUCCUCAGUGAUAGAAAAUACAGAGAAGCAUGGGAAAAAGAUAAGACAUCUGUCCACAUCAUGCCAAAUACACCUGCCAUCGAGUUGUCCAGAGCCAAUGCCAUUGCUGUCAGCAAUAAAAUGUAUACCAAAGACUGGGAUGCUGGAAAGGCAAAGGGUUACCAGAUCAAAGAGGAUGCCGUUUCUGUGAUCAAGGCUAAAGCCUCCAGAGACAUAGCCAGUGACUACAAGUACAAGACUGGUUACCGUAAGCAAGUUGGUCAUCACAUUGGAGCCCGCUGUGUCCAGGAUGAUCCCUUGAUCAUGCUUGCCUUGAAUUCAGCUAGGAUUGCUAGUGAUGCUCUCUACAAGAAGGACUUCAACAAGUCCAAGACCAAGUUCAACCUCCCAGCGGAUCUGCUGUCUCUUGAGCUGGCCAAGAAAUGUCAGACCCAGGUCAAUGAUUUCAACUACAGAACCUACCUGCACAACUGGACCUGCCUGCCAGACUCCAAUGAUGUCGUGCAGGCCAGAAAAGUCUAUGAUCUGCGCAGUGAUGCUGUUUACAAGGCUGACAUGGAGUGGCUCAGGGGAUGUGGAUGGAUUCCCCAUGAGUCUGUUGAAGUUAUCAAAGUGAGGAAUGCCCAAAAGAUCCUGGCUGACAGAGGCUACCGUGUGAAGCUGGACGAUCAGAAAUAUACAACACCCAUUGAAAGAAUUGACUUUGUGCGCUCCAAAAACGCAGCUGAAGUGCUCAAUGAGGCUAAGUACCGUGAGGCCUGGCACCAGGACAAGACUAAAUACACCUUGACAGACUCCCCAGUUCUAGCGACAGCAAGGGAAGUGGCCAAAAUGCACCACCCGCAUUUGUACACCAAAAACUGGGACAAGGCCAAAUCCACAUCAUACUUCAUGCCCGGAGAUGCAGUCCCAAUUAAACAAUGCAUCAACACCAGUAAAGUGCAGAGUGAUUACAAGUACAAGGCUGGUUAUCGUAAGCAAGUUGGUCAUCACAUUGGAGCCCUCAGUGUCCAGGAUGAUCCUUUGCUUGUGCUGGCUUUGAACUCAGCUAGAAUUGCUAGUGAUGCUCUCUACAAGAAGGACUUCAACAAGUCCAAGACCAAGUUCAACCUCCCAGUGGACAUGAUAGCUUUUGAGCAUGCAAAGAAGUGCCAGAUCCAAGUCAAUGAUGACAACUACAGAACUCGCUUGCACCAGUGGACAUGCAUGCCCGAUCAAAAUGAUGUUAUUCAGGCCCGUAAAGCGUAUGAAUUAGCCAGUGACAAUGUCUACAAAGCAGAUCUGGAAUGGUUACGUGGUUGUGGAUGGGUGGCUGCUGAUUGUGUAGAUCAUGUCAAAGUCCGAAAUGCCCAAAAGAUUAUGAACGAAAGACUUUAUAAGAAGGAUGCUAAAGACAACUUUAGCAAAUUUACUCACAUUGUGGAUCGCCCUGAGGUUGUCCUUGCAAAGGUUAAUGCCUUCAACCUCAGCGAUCUAAAGUACAAAGAAUCAUUUAACCUGGAGAAGGGUCACUACAUUGGAUCUGAAGAUACACCACAGCUGGCUCACUCUAGAGAUGUUGCAAAGAUAAUCAGUGAGAAAUUGUACAAAGUCAACUGGGAUGAGAGCAAAGCCACUGGCUACCAGCUGAACCAUGAAUAUAUGCCAGUACAAAUAGCCAAGAGGACCAGAGACAUGAUCAGUAAUUAUAAGUACCAUGAUGCCCAUGAGAAAGCCAAAGGCCACUACAUGGCUUCAACUCUGGUUGACUACCCUGAGGUGGUUCGCUCUGGCCAAAUGGAGAAGAUGAAAAAUCUGAGAGACUACCACAAAGGCUACAAUGAAACCAAAACUAAGCUCCACAUUCCUGCUGAUAUGAUCAGCCAUGUGGUUGCCAAGAAAUGCCAGGAAAUCCUAAGUGAUGUGCUAUACCGUACACACCUGCACCAGUGGACAUGCCACCCUGAUCAGAACGAUGCCAUCCGUGCACGCAAGGCCAAUGAGAUCUUGAGUGAUGUGUUCUACAAAGAAGACCUGAACUGGAUGAAGGGCGUUGGCUGUUACGCCUGGGACACUCCUGAGAUCGUACGUGCCAAGAAAUCAUAUGAGCUACAGAGUGAUAUUAAAUACAAAGCAGAAGGCAAGAAGGAAUGGAACAACUACUCCAUUGUGACAGACACCCCUGUAUAUGUGACUGCCAUCCUGGGCCACACUUGGGCCAGUGAGUUGAACUACAGAGAGGCAUAUCAUAAGGAGAAGCAUAUUUACACCACCAUUCUGGACACCCAGGAAUACGCAAGAUGCUUCAACCUGAAGGAGAUCUACAGCACCAAAGCAUAUUCUGCUGCUUGGGACAAGAUCAAGGCCAAGAGCUACAACAUCCCUCAUGAUUCCCAUGCCUUAGCCCAUGCCAAACAACAGAAGGUCAUCCUGAGCAAUGUUAAAUACAAGGAAGAUUAUGAGAAGUUCAAGACCCUGUACAGUCUGCCUAAGUGUCUUGAGGACGACCCCGGCACUGCAAGAUGUAUAAAAGCUGGAAAACUGGUUCUGGAUCGCCUGUACAAAGACAAAUAUGAGAAGACCAAGGCUAAAAUCAAUAUACCUCCCGACAUGCUUGACAUUGUAGCCGCACGCAAUACUCAGAAGACUGUUAGUGGGGUUGACUACCGUAAAUACCUGCAUCAGUGGAUCUGCCUGCCUGACAUGCAGGUGUACGUACAUGCCCGCAAGGUCAACGAGCAACUGAGCGACAUCUUCUACAAAGAUGACCUCAACUGGUUAAAGGGUAUUGGCUGCUAUGCUUGGGACACUCCUGAGAUUCUUCGUUGCAAGCAAUCUAUGAACCUGCAGAGUGACAAUCAGUACAGAGCUAAGGGAAUCGAGCAUUUUAAGCAGUACUCUGUGGUCAUGGACACCCCUGUCUAUGAAACAUGCAAGCUGAGCGCUAAGAACUUGAGCGAGCUCAACUACCGUCAUGACUAUGUCACUAAUGUCAUGGGCAAAAACACUGCUCCUGCUGUGACUGUCGAUACUGAAAGGGCCCGUCAAGCCAACUACAUCCAGAGCGAAAACUUCUACAAAGAGGCCAAUAAGAUCUUAAUGCCUACCGGAUACACUCUGCCUUAUGACACUCCACUCAACAAACAGGCCAAAGCCAACAGCAUCGUCACCAGUAAUAUGAAGUACAGGGAAGCCUAUGAUCUGAUGAAAGCCAGGAGCUACAAACUAGAUCCUGAAGGUGUCAACUUUCUCACCAUCAGGAAUGCCAACAAGGUCACCAACCAACGGCUGUAUCGUGAGAAAUAUGAGAAGGAAAAGGACAAGAUCCACUCUGAGUAUGACACACCUGAGAUCAGACAGGUUAAGGCCACUCAGCAAGCAAUCAGUGAUGUGUGCUAUAAGGAAAAGUACUACAACAGCAGAGGAUCUUUUCUGCCAAUGCCCAUCACCCCACAGCUGUUGCACUGCUUCCAUGUCAAUGAGCUCAACAGCGAUCUGAAAUAUAAAGAGGAUCUGCAUUGGCUGAGAGGUAUUGGCUGCUUUAUGGUGGACUCCCCUGAGAUGAACCGAAUCCGUGAGAUCACCAAGUUUAGAAAAUCAUAUGAAGUUGAUGCUAAGAAGAACUUUUCCAACUUCAGUGUGGUCCUGGACACACCAGAGUACAAGCGUGUGUCUGAACUCAAGACCCACAUGAGUAAUAUGGUGUAUCGAGCUGAUGGAAAUAAGGAAAAGACAAAAUGCACCACCACUGUGGAUGGCCUGGAGAUUAAGAGAGCCAAGUGGGCGCAGUCUCUCACCAACAAGUACCAGUACGUUGAUCUGGCAUCUAAGGAGAGGGCCUUCUUCACCCCCGAAUCACAUACUCCCAUCAUGGAUCAUGCCCGUUCCAUGAAAGUGGUGUACAGUGAGAAAAAGUACAAGGAACAGUAUGAGAAGAUGAAGCACAAGUAUACUCCCAUUCAUGACACACCAAUCCUGGUUCGUUCUAAGAAGGCCUACCUCAAUGCCAGCGAUUUGCGCUACAAGGAGACCUUUGAGCUUGCUAAGGGACACUACCACGCUGACAAAGACGCACUGGAUAUUCUCUGUGCCAAGAGGGUCAGAGAUGACAUCAGUGAGGUCAAAUACAGGGAGAAGUACAUCAGCACAUUGGGCACCUGGAAGUCCAUCCCUGACCGCCCUGAGUUCUUCCACAGCAGGAUUGUGAGGGACUGCAUCAGUGAUGUCAAGUACAAAGAAGAUCUGGACUGGAUCAAGGGCAUCGGCUGCUACGUGUGGGACACACCUGAGAUGGUGCAGGCUGAACACAACAAGACCCUCUACAGCGAAAGACUAUACAAAGCGUCAUUCGAGAAGAACAGAGCCAACUUCAAAUACACAUGUGACACACCAUUCUUUGAGGCUGCCAAGAACGCUUCCCUUUUGAUUAAUGAUGAAAAAUAUAAAUGCAAGGCCAAGGAGUUACUCAAGAGUGGCUGCAAUGAGCUGCUCCGUCCUGAUAUUCUCGUUGCCAUGUACAACUCUGGCAUGUGGAGUAAGUGGAAGUACAAAGAGCAGUAUGAACGUGCCAAGUCGAAAUACACCUCAGUGCUGGAAACCCCUGAUUACCAAGUUGCCAAGCGCAGCAAGCAAAUCAGCGAUAUCAUCUAUAGGAUGGAAUACAACAAGACCAAAGCGAGAGGUUACACACUUGGACAUGACACUCCUGCGAGCCAGCACAUGAAGAAGGUCAAGGAGAUCACCAGCAACCUGAAAUACAAGGAAGUGUAUGAAAGAAACAAGGCUCACAUCAACAUGGCACCUGAUGCUCACGAAAUCCGUGCCGCCAAGGAGGCCUACAAGAACAUAAGCAAUCUCGACUACAAGAAGAAGUAUGAGGCCACCAAGAACAAGUGGAUCUGGACUGUGGACAGACCUGAUUUCAUCCAUGCCGCUAGGAACAGUUUCCAGCAGAGUGAUGUUGAGUAUAAGUACGAUAAGGAAAUGCUGAAGGGCUGCGUAAUGUCUAUCGCUGAUGAUAAAUACACUAUUUUGGCUAAGAAGAACACUGACCUCGCUAGUGACGUGAAAUAUAAGGAGAAGUAUGAGAAGGCCAAGGGCCAUUAUGUGGCUGUCCAUGACACGCCUCAAAUCCUUCAUGCUAAAUCAGUGGCCAAUCUUGUGUCUGAGUCCAAAUACAAGGAGGCCAGCAAAAAGGAUCAUCAGUCGGGUGGCUUCACUACACUUGCUGAAACUCGUGACACUGCCCACAGCAAAGAGGUUGCCAAAAUGACAAGUGCUAAAUUGUACAAGGAAAAGUUUGAGAAGGAGAAAGGCAAGUCUAAUUACAAUCAAAUGAUUGCUCCUCCUGAUGUUCAACAUGCCAUGGAAGUGACCAAAAACCAAAGCAACAUCGCCUAUAAGCAGGAAGCUAAAGCCAAGUUGACAUACACCUCGGUUGCUGACCGCCCAGACAUCAGGAAAGCCACUCAAGCUGCUAAGCUUGUCAGUGAGAUUGGAUACCGUGAUAAAGCUCGUCAGGAAGCCAGCCGUGGUGGAACGCUGCUCGGCCGUCCUGAUAUCGCCCUGGCCACUGAGGUGUCCAAACUGACCAGUCAGGUGAAGUACAAGGAGAAGUUUGACAAGGAGAUGAAAGGAAAGAGACCACAGUAUGACUUGAAGAACAGCAAGAUUUACCAGACUUUGAAGGAUGCCAAUGAACUUGCAAGCGAGGUGAAGUACAAAGGUGACCUGAAGAAGAUUCACAAACCUGUCACUGACAUGGCAGAGUCUUUGUCAAUGCAGCACAACCUGAGCACUAGCAAGCUGUCCAGUGAUUACCAGUACAAGAAGAAGUUUGAGGAGAGUAGGGGUCACUACCUUAUGAUAGCUGACACACCUGAGCAGCUUCACCACAAAGAGGCCUCAGAGCUGCAAAGUCACGUGAAGUAUAAGGAGAAAUAUGAGAAAGAAAGAGGCAAAGCCAUGCUGGACUUUGAGACUCCUACUUACGUGACUGCUAAGGAGGCUCAACAUAUGCAGAGUCAGAAAGAGUAUAAGAAGGACUUUGAGAUGACAAUGAAAGGAAAGAACCUCUCUGGGUUGGAGGUCACCCCUGCCAUGAUACAUGUCAGACACGCCACGAAAAUUAUUAGCGAGAAAGAGUACAGGAGGGAUCUAGAGGAAGGGGUGAAGGGUAAAGGGCUUACAGUGCUGGAGGAAACUCCUGAGUUACUGAGAGCAAAGAAUGCUACUCAUAUCCUUUGUGAGAGAGAGUACAAGAAAGGAUUGGAGCAAGAUAUCAAGGGAAAAGGCAUGUUGGCUUUGGCCACUGACACUCCAGACUUCUUGAGGGCAAAGAACGCCACAGAUAUCCUCAGUCAGGCCAAGUACAAGCAGAAUGCUGAGCAUGACAGAGCCACAUACACCACAGUCAUUGACACCCCUGACAUCCUCCACGCUCAGCAGAUCAGGAACCUUGUGAGCCAGAAAAAGUACAAGGAGGAGGCUGAGAAGACCAUGUCACACUAUGUGCCUGUGUUAGACACUCCUGAGAUGCAAAGAGUGCGUGAGAACCAGAAGAACUUCAGCACCCUUCAGUACCAGAUUGACCUUAAAAACAGUAAGGGCAAAGUUUCCGCGGUAAAGGACACUCCUGAAAUGCUUCGUGUUAAAGAAAAUACAAAGAAUUUCAGCUCGAUCCAGUACAAGGAGGAGCUUGGGCAAGGAACAGCCAUAGCUGAAACCCCUGAGAUGGAGAGGGUUAAACGCAAUCAGGAGGCUAUUAGCACGAUUAAAUACAGGGAUUCACUAAGUCAAGGCAUUUCUAUACCUGACCUUCCUGAGGUGAAGCGUGUACGGGACACCCAGAAGAACAUCAGCUCGGUAGUGUUUUUCUCUUUGAGGAAGACUCCUUGCUUUAAACAUUUUACUGUAUACUCUCAUUCUUCAUCUUUAUCAUUCUUUAAAGUCUCAUUUUACCCCUUCUUCAGCUUAUUGGUAAGGAUAAACGUCCCUAAAUAAACCAAAAGCUCCCCUUCACUAUUUUAUGUAUAUUUUUGCUCCAUACUUUACCAUUCAAAAAACGUUUGGAGUCUGUAAGAUGUUAUGCUCACCCAGGCUGUUUUUAUUUAAUCAAAAAUAAAGUAAAAAUAGAAAUGUUCUGAAAUACUAUUAAAAUGUAUAAGAACUGUGAAUAUAUUUUGAAAUGUAAUUUAUUCCUGUGAAGGCUAAGCUGAAAUUUCAGCAUCAUUACUCCAGUCUUCAGUGUCACAUGAUCCUUUAGAAAUCAUUCUAAUAUGAUGAUUUAGUGCUCAAGAAACAUUUCUUAUUAUUAUCAAUGCUGGAACAGUUGCUGCUUAACAUUUUAAGCUGCUUAAUAUUUAGUGGAAACGGUGAUAUAUUUUUUUCAUGAUUCUUCUUUAAAAAAAAAUCUUACUGACCUCAAAAUUUUGAACGGUAGUGU